AGUCGUUUGCGUAAACUCAUUCUCCAGCAGUCGCUUUGCGUCUUGCGCGCAUGCUCGUCGUUGUUAAAUAAUUAUCUCGAGUUUCUUUAAGAGGCUGUGUUGAGCUCAGUCUUGCCACGACUAAGUAAUGAAUUGUCAAGAGAAGGUCUACCAUGGAGGGAGUUCUCUAUAAAUGGACCAACUAUAUAAGCGGCUGGCAGCCUCGUUGGUUUGUUCUUGAGGGAGGCACUCUUUCCUACUAUGACUGUCAAGAAGAUGCAUGGAAAGGAUGCAAGGGCAGCAUCAAAAUAUCUGUGUGUGAAAUACAGGUUCACCCAUCGGAUUUCACAAGGGUUGAUCUGAUCAUUCCAGGAGAACAAUACUUUUAUCUCAGGGCAAUUAAUGCAGCAGAAAGGCAGAAAUGGCUUGUGGCGUUAGGGACUGCAAAAGCCUGUCUCACAGACAACCGAACCAAGAGAGAAAAGGAGCUCCAGGAAAACACUGAGGCUCUGAAAACAAAAAUGUCUGAGCUAAGGCUUUACUGUGACCUUCUCCUUCAGCAAGUGAACAAAAUACAAGAAAGUUCUCUCACGGUGACGGCAGCUGAUUCGGGGGAGGUAGGGGACACGACUGGAAAUCUAGUGAAGUCCACAUGCACCACCUUCAUGAAGACCCUGGAGGAGUGCAUGCAGAUUGCUAGCCAGACUUUCAAUCCUGAUCUUCUGAGUCGGACCCCUCCAGGCUCUCCUCCCGUGGCUACCAUCAAACCUCAGAAGAUCAAAUUGACUGAUCCAGGAAAUCGGCACCCAGGAGAAAAACAAAAGGACUUAAUAAACACCUCAGGGACAUCAGCACAUGAGAGUGGACCAGAAAACGGACCACCUCCAUCUCCUGAAGAAAACAUGACUACAUCUCCUACAGGAAGUGGUUUAAUGGAGGACCAAAAGGAGUACAUGGAGCCUCAUAAUAGCUCUUCAUCAAGCACACAGAAUCCUGAACGAUCUGAAGGAGAGGAGAAGGACAUACCGACAAAAGAAGCAGACCUUGCCCAAGAUAAACAACAGGAAGUCUCACUGAGCUCUACUCUGUACAAAAAAGAAGAGGUCAAUGAAGAAAUCCAGGCGGACCUGGAAGAGAACAAACAGGAAGAGGAAGAUAAGGUGGACACGUUCUUCAGCACCAUGAGCCACAGAUUUAGUGAUAUAAUACUGGAGGACGGCAGUGGUAUUCCCACACAGGCCUUUUUGGAUUCUUGCUAUGCUAUAGUACCAGUUUUAGACAAGCUUGGACCAACAGUCUUUGCUCCAGUUAAAAUAGAUUUUGUGGGAAACAUUAAGAAGAUCCAACAGAAGGUGGUGUCUGAUCCUGAGAGUUUCCCCACCCUUCAGAGCAUCGUGCUGCAUGAGGUGGAGAUGGAAGUGGCACAGGUGCGGAACUCGGCCACAGAAGCGCUGCUGUGGCUUAAACGUGGACUCAAGUUCCUCAAAGAAUUCCUUUCUGAAAUCAAUACAGGGAUGAAGGAUGUCCAGGGAGCUCUUAAUAAUGCAUAUGGAAAGACACUACGGCAAUAUCAUGGAUGGGUUGUUCGAGGUGUCUUUGCACUGGCUCUACGGGCCGCCCCGUCCUAUGAAGACUUCAUGGCUGCUCUGGUUUCUCAUGAAGGCGAUGAGCUGAAGGAAGGCUUUAUGACCGGCAUGCAUCAAGACCUGGAUAUCUACCUGCCAGCUAUGGAGAAGCAGCUGUCCAUCCUGGACUCUGUCUAUGAGGAGUACAGCUUGGAAUCAGACGAGAUUGUGUGACUGACCCAAACGCACCCGCACAGAGAAUUCAGAACCUGCUUCUGACAGAGCUCAUUGGUUUCAGUGGUGAAGUUGUAACUCUUUCGCCUGCUGUGGUUACCGAACCUGAAGUUAGUGUUGAAGAAAACAGGGAGGUUUUUUGUGAAUACAAGGCUUGCAAAGCCUGAUCAGUAAGAGUGUGUUUGAUAAUGUGGCAUCUGCAGACUCCAGUAACAGUCAUCCCUGAGAAAUUUAAGUGACAGCCAUCAAAAUAAUGCUAGCUGAGGGGGACAGGCUGUAAUUCCAAGUGUUUUCAGGGAAAAGCUGUAUUUUUAGAAAUGUUCAGUGCAGUAAUCAAGUGUUUUGUUGACAUUGGUUGUAUGUUUAUUCAUACACUUUUAGGCACGAGAGCAUAAAUGGCAGAUAAGCUGAAGAUAUUGGUUACCUGGCAGUGAAGGUGUUAGUGAAGGUUUACAGUUAAAGGGCAAAGCUGCACUUGUGCUUUUCUUCUCACUUGAAAUAUUGCAUUACUUUUGUUCAGAUACUCGCAUCUCAUUCGUUUUAGACUAACAUACAACUAAGAACUUGUUCAGAGACUAUUGGGGAUUCAGAUUAACAUGCAGUGUGUUCAUAAAACCAAGUACUGUAUUUUUCGGACUAUAA